GGUACCUUAGCCUAAAAAUAUAAGGUUCCUUAUAAUGCAGUUUCCUUCUCGACAAGUUCACCCAUCUACCUGGUUUAGGUACCUAACCUACGUACCCAGUUCGCCUUCCUAAUUCAAUAGUUGGUAGCUGAUUAGGUAUUUUUAUCUAAUCUGGUCCAGACCAUUCACUGUUUCUGACUUUUAUCUUAUCCAACCGUCACUCAUUCCAAAUACCCAUCUUCUACUUACAUGUACCUACCCGAGGCGAAGGCACAACUCGACGGCGGACUCGACACAAUCCAAAACUUGAAAUUAUCGUCUUAUCUUGUACCUUUCAUAUACCUAAUUCCCUAGAGAAAUUUUUCAAAAGGCAUUGCGUGAAUCUCGACACGAUACGGAAUCUGCAAUGUCCAGCUGUCCCUUACGAAAGCCACCGAUAGCCCAGGCUUUGUCUACAACUACCUCCUAAGUCUAUUGCACAUUGCACUACUUUUUCGACAAAUGCUAAGCGGAAGCAUUUAAGACAGCAAUGGGGAACAUGGAUAUGAUGGAUAUGGAGAUGGGUAGCGCAUCCCUGGGUGGUGAUAUCACAACGAUCAACAAGGCCUAUGCAAGAGGCUACUGGUAUUCCAUCGUAGCCGCCGUCGUCCUAUUUCUCAUAAUCCGCAUUAUCAAUUCCGUCCUAUAUAGGUCAAGACUACGCAGGUCUAUAUCACACUCAGUGCGGUUUCCUACGAGGCCUACGAACUUCUGCUCGCAACUAUGGGCGACCCUAACUGCUGUUUGUAGGGAGAUGAGCUACCCACAGCUUUACGUCCCGAUUCGAAACUUGUCAUGGCUAACACCGCCACCUAUGGGUCACAUCCUCCUCCUCCUAUUCUACUGGGCCGCUGUCGUUUAUAUCAUGUUUAAAGAUGCGGUGAUACUAGAUGUCAAUUUCAUGGAAAGGUUGGGGUAUCGCAAUGCUUGGGUAACGGUUACGCAGGUGCCUUUCCUCUAUUUGUUAGCCUCCAGAACUAACGUCAUCGCCCUGAUCACCGGGACCAGCUACGAGAGGUUAAAUUGGCUCCACCGAUGGGCAGCCCGGACCAUGCUAAUUACUACAACCGUACAUGGUUUCUGUUUCUUUGCCGGCUGGGUCGACAGCGACAUAGUCGGCAUUGAACUUGGGAUGAUGGAUAUGGUCAAGUACGGUUUUGGCGCUUGGGGGGUUCUACUGUGGAUGAACAUCACAUCCUUUAAACCGUUUCGAUCCAUCGCAUACGAGGUUUUCGUCAUUCAACACAUCUUGGCGGCUAUUAUAUUCCUAUGGCUUGUCUACGUUCACAUUCCUGUAAGUGCCAGAUAUAAUGUAUGGUUCGCAGUCGCCGCCCUCUGUUUCGAUCGAGUGUUCCGUCUCGGUCUCUUGUUCUUGCAGAACAUCAAGUUGCGCCCGAACCGCUCAUGUUGCCAUGGGGGACAGUUGAUUGGUUAUAAGACGCAACUCUCUCCGGUUGGAGAGUCUAUAACGGUGCUCACUAUAAAGGAUGUUCACUUCAAGUGGAGGGCAGGGCAGCAUAUCUAUUUGUGGCUGCCUAGAGUAGCCCCAUUUGAAGCGCACCCGUACACGAUCGCUUCUACUCAUCAGACUCCUGAAACGUGUAUCUGCAACAGCAUCCAACUAGUAAUACGAUCUCAUUCGGGCUUUUCCAAACGACUCGCCCAGUUUGCGAGAAAACAGGAAGCAUUGGGAAGAAAGCAGGCUCUCACAUCCUUGGUUAUAGGCCCAUACGGAAACCCACCUCGAUGGGAUAUUUUCGAAACGUUAGUCUUGAUAUCCGCAUCGACUGGGGCGUCGUAUGUGCUUCCUAUCCUAGAGAGCAUACUUCACUCCAAGAGAAGGCCAUGCACCAAGCGUGUGGACUUUCUUUUGACGGCUAAGCAGGGCGAGGAAGUUAGGUUCUAUCACGAACGUCUGCAUGAGGCCACGGAAAAGGCGAAGUCAGUAGGCAUCGAAUUAUUCGUCCAUAUUGCUGUGACCGGGGAUGGGCAGCUCGGAACACUAGGUGCCGUGACUUUUUCAUCAUCUUCAACUUCUUCAACGCACGAGAAAAAAGUAUUCGAAGAUGUAAAGAUAUCAGCGAAUGUUGAAGGAAUCGUCCAGCCGUUGAUGGGUAGGUCGCGUAUGGAUCUCUCAGAGACAAGCUCCGUUUCACAUAUACACCACUCGGCGUCAAGACCGGACGUAGCCAAGUUCAUCAGGAUGGCCGUUGAAGCCACUGGGGGAGAAACGGGAGUUGUGGUAUGUGGUGGGCAAUCCUUAGUGACCACGGUGAGAACCAGUGUGGCGAAGCUGAGCGACGAACGCGCAGUACACAAAGGCACAGGCGCCCAGGGGAUUUACUUGCAUGUAGAGGAAUACUGUUUCUGACAGGAGGUUGGAGAGCAUCUAUAGCAGUGAGCAUAAGGAUUGCAGAAUGACCCGACUGCAAAUGUGAGGUACAAGCUCAUGAUACCUAUUCGUGCCUAUCAAAAUAGGACUUCACCGUUGUUGUACUCUUAGUUACCGCCCGGACCACAUAACACAUAUACGUGUCGUAAUUUUAAUGCACUGCCGGUUCACGGCUGAGCCCCC